GCUAACUUCGCCCGAAUCCUUAUUGGUCGCCAAUAGCCGUCUUUGCCGUGCCUGAACGACGCUACGGAACUUUACAAGAACACGAAGAUAUCUGUUUAUUGAAAAGGAAAAUAUUACAUUUAUUGAGUGAUCAGGAAUAAAUACCAAAAUGUCUUUGAAGGAGGUGUGUGAAGAGUUGGAUGAGCUUGCUGUGAACUACUUUCAGACUUUAGAAGAACUCUCAGAGCAAAGGAGAAGAUUUGAGAAGUUUAUUAAAGAGGGCUUCCUGAAUUUGUCCAAGGCUCGAUUUUCGAUGGGAAUCGGGGCCGUGAGCUCGCUCCAGUACGAUACCACAUCAAUGUGUCCUCUGGCACAUGUUGUCACAAGCAAGGAGGAUGACUGCCAUUCAUUUGAAGUGUGUCGAACCAAAGCCAUGAAACGCUCAGAGAGGAAGUCACUGGAAGGAAAUGAGUCAAGAGCAAACCAGUCUACCACAACUACUGAUGAUAAUACAGCAGUGAGAAGAAGAAGACCCCUGUCAUCCAGUCCCACUGAUGGAGUGGAAACCCUUACAGCUGAAAUGGACCAAUUGACAACAUCGCCAGAGGAAACAACCACCACCACCGCCAGGCAGGACAUACCCACUGAUCCCCUUCUAUGGUUUGGAGUCCUGGUCCCACAACCUCUUAGACAUGGGCAGCAGAACUUUGUAGAGGCUAUUGAAGCCUGUACUGUCCUGGCGUCACUCCAAAACAAACUAGACACAGCUUAUGCACAGUAUCGCAGUAAACUGAGAGUGAAAUAUGAUAUCAUCAACAAGACUAAGAAUGGAGACAGCAGCCUUGCAAAUGGUGCAAUAACAACAUAGGAAGGUCCUUGAUGUAGCGCAAGGAACAGAUUAAACAAGAUUUAUUUUUGAUAUAACUGUGUAUGAUGUAUGUGUGCAUGUUUGUGAAAUGUACAGGGUUAGUACUUUGUGUACAUAACUUUGAAAUACAGUCUGGAAAGUUGGUCUUAACCGGUUUUAGGAGUCAAGAUUAUAGGAUUGGUGGCAGUUCAUGGAAUUUCUUUUACAUGAUUCAUCUGCAUGAUGGCAUUUAUUAUUUCAGAGAUAUCCAAUUAAUGAUAGAGUUGUUCAUAUUGAAAAUCAAUAUUGAUUAUAUCCUGAUUAAACUCUGAUAAUUCUUUAUAAAAUUUAGGGAUGUUUUUUUUUUAUCUUACAUCCUGAAACAAAUAAGUUAACAGUUCAACUAAACUAUUGGCCAUCUGAAAUUGAUAGGUAGAUGAGUAAGCAAAAUAUUGUCAGGGUUCCUGAACUUUCUGCACUUCACAAAAUAGAUUCCAGGACUUUUCAGUAAUAACAUUUAAAUAAUAAAAUCAAAUGUUUUUCUUCAAACAUUUCUGGCCAUUUGCCUUUAACGGUAGUCUCUGAUCAUUCAUCCAACGCAUCUAUCAAUAUCCCACCUAUCCCACCUAGCCCUUGUUAAUGCAUUUGAUGUAGAGGGGUGCCCAUAUUUAUUAUGUUACUCAGUAGUAGUCAUUAUAAUAUAGUUAUGUUGUACAUGUUCAUGCAUAGUGAUGUGUACAUCAGUUUGCUUUGUGUUACUGUAAAAUGAGAAACUGUCACAACAACCAUUUUGAUGGCAAGAAACUAGUGAAUUGCAAAACGUUAGCAUCAAUUGCAAUUUAGUCAAUUUAUAGCAUUGAAUUGUCUAAAUCAAAGACAUUUGAGAAGUUUCUCGUUUUACAGCAUAUACCGGUAGAUACAUUUAUGUGAAAAUAUAAUCUUGCCUGUAGAAAAUUACUACAUCAGUACUUGCAGUGAAACAACCGUUUGAGGAAAUGGUUAUGAAGUGCGUUCUGAAUGGUUAAUCAUGCAUAAUUUGAACCAGCAAAUAUCAAAAUCUUCCCCGAAAAGCACAAAUUAAAUCGAACAGUAUUAGAAUAUAUACUGAAUGUAUACAUUUGAAAAUGUGGAACUAUUGAUGCAAGGCCGUCACAUUUGACACUCUCAAGAUUAUUCUACAUUAGGGGUAUAUAUGAGAGAAAAAAAUAAUUGAUUUAAUGUAAGACUUCUGAAAACUAAACCUCAAAUUAGUAUUGAUGGUUGAUUUAUGUUUCUCAUCACUGACAAAAAAGAUUGUUUUUUUGUUCUGUUAACAGUAAAUUGUGUCUAUAUGUUGAAUAUUUUGUCAUUAUAUACAUUCCAUUGCAAUAAAAAAUCAAUUUGUGAGAAUUUCUUCUCAUUCA